AUGUUUAAUUUUGCCGAGCUACUGCCUUUAACCGCAAGUAGAGAUUUGGCACUUAAUGUACUACUUGUUUGCUCAGCCCAAAGGUGCCCAUUUAGCGAUGCGUUAAAAAACCAUGUAAACAAGGUUCUGGGCUUCAAGAAACCGAGGAUAGCAGUGGUUAGCGAUUGUCAAAUGGCAAAAAAGGUUCACGUGAAAUAUCUUGAAAAACCGAGGUUAGACAGCGACAGCAACCUGUUUGUAAGCGUGCUUAAGCUCAAGGUCACAAAAAAAGAGUCAUACCUGCACAAACUCGCUUUCAACAUCUAUGGAUCAUUGACAAACGCAGUGGAGGCUUUCGACAGAGAUCCCUUGAACGAGAAAAGGAAAGGAAAAGUAUUCAUCGGAUGUAGUUAUAAAAAGCUCAGGAAUCAUCUAGUACUCACUGCCUGCAGGAUGUCUCGUAACUUCACGACGGAACUAGUCAGGCACGGAUCAAAGUUGCGUCUCGAGUAG